GAGCAUCCAUCUCUUUUUCUUCUCUCCCUCUUGGCGCUCUUUGUCUCGUCUAGCCCCCAAUUCUCCGCUUCUCCCGCUCGAUUCUCUCAAUCCAGGGCCGCAAUUGCCCUCUCUCUGCCAGAUUUGAAGUGGGCAGCGUCCAAUUUCGCGUUUCCGCCGCGGAUUGAUCUGGGUUGGAGCUGGUGCUCUGUUUUUUGCCUUUGCUAGUGUUCUUGGGUGGCUAUGGCGGAGCUAAACAGGCCUCCCCAGCAGCAGAAGCUCAACGGCGCCUACUACGUCCCGAAUGCCUACCCGGUCGGCGACAAUCGCAAGCGGCCAUCGGGGCGCAGGAGCCGGAUUGGAUUUUGCUGCCGCUGCCUGUGCUCCACGCUCCUGGCGAUCAUCUUCGCGCUGGGCAUCGCGGCGCUCGUCAUCUGGCUCGUCCUCCGCCCCAAGGCGCCCAAGUACACGGUCCAGGACGUGAGGAUCAACGCGCUCAAUGUCACCUCCGGCUCUAGAUCCGUGGACACGGACAUCGUGCUGGGCAUCCGGGCCGAGAAUCCAAACAAGCGCAUCACGAUCAAGUAUGGCGGCAUCCACACGCGGGUCUUCUUCCUGGGCACGCAGAUUGGGGCGGGAUCCAUCGCUCCAUUCACGCAGCCCAGGAGGAACGUGACGGUGGUGAGCGCGCCCAUCCGUGGAUCGGGCGUGCUGGUGUCGCAGCCCACCGCGUCCAGCCUGAGAGCGUCGGUCGAUCGCAGCAGCAUUCCACUGGUUGUGGACGUGAAUGUGAGGGCCAAGAUCAAGACCGGGAGCGCGAGCACGUUUUGGUUCCGCGUGAGAGUGAGGUGCGCGAUCCGGGUGAGCUCGCCGGCGUCGCCGGGCGGGGCGAGGAUGCUGAGCAAGAACUGCAAGAGGCGCGGUGGCAAAUUCUGGUAGAAGAAGAAUGGAAAUCGCCCUCCUCGCUCGCUCGCGCGCUCGCUGGGAGACGAAUUUUCAUAGCUCCUGCGCUACAUCCUUUCGUUUUUGGUCCCCUUCCUCUUCCCGCUCGCAUUGUUUCUAUAGAUCGAUCCAAUUCCUUCCUCUCGAUGGAAAUUGGCCAUGGAUUUGAGCUUUGUUUGUGCUGCCAAGGAUCUAGUCCUUGCUUUCGAGUUUCAUUUUUACAGUGGUGUGAAUACUAAAGAGAUCUAUAAACAUGCA